UGACGCGUUCAAACCUGAGGCGCUGAGGUAAAGAGAGGGCGUCUCGGUGUCCGCGCGGGCUCGUCUCAGUCUCCUGAGGGGAGCAGAGCCGGCAUCAUGAUCCGCGGGCGGAGGCUGCUGGGGGGGCUGCGGCCUCUGCUGGCGGCGGCGAGUCCCUCAGCGAGUCCGGCGGAGCCUCGCCGGCCGUUUCGUACAGGGGAGUCCCGACUCUACGACCCCGUCAAAGAUUUGGAGAAGGGAGUCAUCGAUGCCUACAAGAAAAUGAAAGACUUCCUUCCCGGCAGUAGCUGGCACCCCGGACAUGUUACAGAAGGUUUACCUCCUGACCACGCUGAUGUGGUCAUUGUUGGGGGUGGAGUAAUAGGCUGGUCUAUUGCCUUCUGGCUGAAGAUGAAAGAACCACAGAGAAAUGCAUAUCGAGUAGUGGUGGUGGAGAAAGACCUUAAGUAUUCCAAAGCAUCUACAGUACUCUCUGUAGGGGGAAUACGGCAGCAGUAUUCGAUUCCAGAAAAUAUCAAGAUGAGCCAGUUUUCGGCAAACUUCCUGCGCACCAUCAACCAAUACCUUGGUGUUGUCACCCAGCCACCCAUAGAUAUUCAGUUUAACCCAUCGGGCUAUCUCUUCCUGGCUUCAGAGGAUGGAGCUGCUCUGCUGGAGGAGAAUGUUGGGAUUCAAAGGAGGGAAGGAGCAGAGAUCUUACUACUAUCACCAGCACAACUGAAAAAGAAGUAUCCGUGGUUGAAUACAGAUGGAGUAGCUUUGGCUUCCAUUGGCUUGGAAAAUGAGGGAUGGUUUGACCCCUGGACUCUUCUCAAUGCUUUCCGGAACAAAGCAAUAUCAUUGGGUGUCUACCAGAGCUGCGGCGAAGCGAAAUCUUUCGAUUUGUAUACAGAAGAACUGAUGACACAUGAGGGGGAUCGUAUUAAUUUCUCCCGUAUCAAGGGUGUUAAUGUCCAGAUGCCCAACAGUAUAGAAUCCACCAAAAUAGAAUGUGGUUUUGUGGUGAAUGCAGCAGGAGCUUGGUCAGGCAGUGUGGCAGAGAUGGCUGGCAUUGGAACUGGGCCGCCACAUUCAAUGCUGGGCAUCAGACUGCCUGUGGAACCCAAGAAAAGGUAUGUCUAUGUCUGGCAUUGCCCUGAUGGACCUGGCUUGGAGUGUCCUUUGCUAAUCGACACCACAGGAGCUUACUUCCGGAGGGAAGGCGUGGGUGGCAACUACCUUGGAGGCUUAAGCCCUACGGAAGAGGAAGAGCCAGAUAUCCAGGACCUGGAAGUAGAUCAUGAGUUCUUCCAGGAUAAAGUCUGGCCCAAGCUGGCUCACCGAGUGCCCAACUUUCAAUGCUUGAAGGUGAAGAAUUCUUGGGCUGGUUACUAUGACUACAACAUCUUUGACCAGAGUCCCGUGAUUGGUGUGCACCCACUGGUGGAAAACCUCUAUUUUGCCACAGGCUUCAGUGGACACGGACUUCAGCAGUCACCAGCUGUGGGCCAAGCCCUAGCUGAGCUCAUAAUUGAUGGGAAAUUCAAGGUCAUCGACCUAAGCAUAUUCUCCUUCAACAGGUUCUUCAAAGGGAACAAGGCUGUAGAAAGGAAUAUCAUUUAAGUGCUUUAGAGAGCUGGGUAUCUUGAUGGCGAGUCCCAGCUCUUUCUGUUCUUCCCUACUUUCUUUCCCAGAUUAAUGACUACAUGCCCAUGCAGCACUUCGUGAAGACUGUUCAGAUUCCCCUACUGUUCCUACAAGUGUUGCACUGCACAGCUCCACAUCAUUUGAGUGGGCCUCAGACAGGAUAAAUGCCUUGUGUAGGAUUGCUGCUUCUCCAUGUUCACCCAUGUAACAAUGGAAAAUUCAAGUAGUAGUAGUAAUAAUAAUAAUAAUAAUAAUAAUAAUAAUAAUAAUAAUAAUAAUUUUAUUAUUUAUACCCCACCCAUCUGGCUGGGUUUCCCCAGCCACUCCCAACAGAGGACUAAAAACAGAAUAGAACUUCAAACAUUAAAAACUUCCCAAAACAGGAAGUCCAAUACAGCUAUAGAUCAAGACGCUCUAAAUCAGGGUGAUCCAACUUUUCAUACCAUGUUGGCCGCAAGAGCCCAAGUGGGUGUCUCCAUCGUUCCAAUUACAGGUUCAGAGCACGAGUCCUUCUGAAUGGGGUCCCUCAAGUCUGCUGCUGUUUGUGCAGCUAUUCAGGUGGCUCUAGGAAGCCUAAAAGCAGUGUGUUGAAGGACUAGCCUUCUGCAUCCCCAACUCUGCUUUUUUGCUGGCAUCUGGUAUUUAGAGGUAAACCGCCUCUGAAUGUGGAGCUUGUGCUUUUAUGUUCUACUUGCCAUUAAAAGACUUGUGAUCAAAUUAUUUUUUUUUUAAAAACCCAAUAUGGGGUUUCUAAUAGCCCACUGAGCAAGAGAUUGUCAGUAUGUUUGGGGGCAUGGAUAAGAUGCAACAGCACCUUUUUUUUUUACAGCCUUUCAGCCUAACCUACCACACAGGGUGGUUGUGGGGAUUAAGUGAGGAAGGGGAGAACCAUGCACAGCACCUUGAAUUCUUUGGAGGGAAAAGUGGGAUAUAAAUGCAGUAAGUGAAUGAAUAAAAUAAUAACUCCUAA